AUGGCGGGCGCGACAGAGAGGCGGGUGCUGAUUAUGGGCGACGGUGGCUCUCCCGUCGGGGCGGCCAUGGGGGAGCGCGCGGGGGGCGGGCGGCAGCACGUGCUGCAUCUGGCGCACCCGAAAACAGGCGCGUCGCUGGCGGGGUCGAGAUGGCGCGUGGGGAGUAGGGGCGCGUGGGCGGCGGCGUGCUACAUGCAGCAGGGCGGCGCGGUGUUGGAGGUGGCGUGGUUCAAAGACGCGCUCUCCUCGUGGCUGCUGGGGGACUCCGUGCUCCAAGAUGGCAGUCUAUUCAUGGCGACGCCCAUUGAUGCUGCCUUCAUGCUCCUGCCCAUCCUCAAUAAGAGCAGGAUGAAGAAGGAGGGGUCAGACAGUGAAGGAAUGUUCAGAUCACUGGAUGAGAUCUGCACCGUUGAUGGAUUCCCAUCCUACGGCUGGCUGCAGUCGCAGGGAGUUUGGGAUCCCGUUCUCCCUCUCAUCACCGACAUCAGAGAGGUGGGCAGCUCACGGUUCUACAGGCUGAAUGACAGCCGGGUGUUGGCGUGGCUCACAUGCAAGGUGGCGGCGCUCAAGGCAGCGCUGAGGCAGCACGGGGAGGCGCCGGUGAGAGGGCUGCCAGACCCCGACCUGGGCAUACGCGGUGGGGCUGCUGGGCGAGUAUCUGCCCGCCUCCUUCCACGCUGCCCUCUGCCGCCACCUCUCCAUCAGGUCAGUGCCGCCCACGCUCCUCACAUGCCCUCUUCACACACUUUUCUUCUGCUGCCAUGCCGUCCCCUCUCUCCUCGCACACCUCCACAUGCCACCCUCUGUCCCUAUCUCCUCCCCCACCCACCCGCUCCACACUCGCCGUCCACGCUGCAUGUGCCGCUGGCUGCUGUGUGGCGUGCGUGGGGCAGUGAGGGCGAGGUGAAGCAGAGCCAGCAAGGGGGGCAAUGCCUGGCCAGCCCACCUGCCGCUGCCACUCAACCCAAGGUGCCAUAUGCCCCAGCUGCUCGCCUGCGCCCUCUUUACCUGCGCUCACGUUUUCCCUCUCUUCUGCAUCUACGGAACGGAACCUUGCUGUGCCUUCAUGCUUUGUCCUGA